CUCUCGGUCCCCAGCGCGCAGCUCGGCCCAGCCGCCGCCGCCGCCGGACCCCAUCCGGAGAGCCAGAGGAGCGAGCGCCGCCCGGGGAAGGAGCGCGGCGAGGCGGACUCCACGUCGGGGGUCGCCGGCCGCGGGCGCUGAGCAGGGAUGGCGCCGGCCGCCGCCCCGGAGGGGCACCCGACCAUGGGCGUCCAGAUGUUCUCGGCGGGGGUGUCCGCCUGCCUGGCCGACAUCAUCACCUUCCCGCUGGACACCGCCAAAGUGCGCCUGCAGAUUCAAGGGGAGAGCCCCACGUCCAGCGGCAUCAAGUACAAGGGGGUCCUGGGAACAAUCACCACGCUGGCCAAAACCGAAGGCCCCGCGAAACUGUACAGCGGGCUGCCCGCCGGCAUCCAGAGGCAGAUCAGCUCGGCCUCGCUGCGCAUCGGCCUCUACGAGACCGCCCAGGAGUACUUCGCGGCCGAGACCGACAAACCACCAAGUUUGGGAAACAAGAUCUUAGCUGGCUUGAUGACCGGAAGCGUGGCCGUGUUUGUCGGGCAACCCACGGAGGUGGUGAAGGUCCGAAUGCAAGCACAGAGCCACCUCCACGGCCUCAAGCCUCGCUACACGGGCACCUACAACGCGUACAGAAUUAUCGCCACCAAAGAGAGCCUGUCGACGCUUUGGAAAGGGACCUCACCUAACCUGCUGAGAAGCGUCAUCAUCAACUGCACAGAGCUCGUGACCUACGACCUGGUGAAGGAUUUCUUCGUGGGAAACAAAAUCCUAGCAGACGAUGUCCCCUGCCACUUACUGUCGGCUCUUAUCGCUGGAUUCUCCGCAACACUUCUGUCGUCUCCGGUGGAUGUGGUGAAAACCAGAUUCAUUAAUUCCCCGCCAGGACAGUACCUGAGUGUGCCCAGCUGUGCCAUGAGCAUGCUUACCAAGGAAGGGCCGACAGCUUUCUUCAAAGGAUUCAUGCCUUCCUUCCUGCGACUGGCAUCCUGGAACGUCAUUAUGUUUGUGUGCUUCGAGCAGCUCAAACGAGAGCUGACCAAGUCCAGGCAGACUGUGGACUGCACCACCUAGGCAGCCCGGGGCCUGCAGCACCCAGGAAGCCCUGCACUGCCUCCCCUGUCGACAAACCCCACUGGAGCUCACCCUGCAACGCCCAGUCACCGCAUCCGAUUGACUAUACGGGGAUUAAACUGUGUGACUGAAGAGGAGGAACACUCACUAUCACUCCAACUGUUGGAAAACAGAAGCAAAUAUUACCAUUUCCUUUUAUUUAUUAACCAG